CGCCGGACCGGCGUGCUUAUUCCGUAGCGAACUGCCGCAUUGUACGGACGUGAAGUUCAGAAACGAAUUGCCGGAAUAGGCGAAUACGCCGUAUAUAGCUAAACGAAACGAACAGAGAAAAGAAAGACGCACGCACACAUCGCAAACGCACUUGUGCAAGCGCGACGUGUAUUAACUUUUUCCAGUUCGAUCUGCAGGACGUAACGGUCGUCGUCACGGACGUCAACGUCGUCAGCAUCGUCAACGUGAAUCGACAUCGCUCGCGAUUAAUCACGAAGCGGAAUUGUGCGAUCGCGAAUCAGCGUCGAGAAUCCGAACAAAAACCUGCCGACACGUCAGUGUAAAGAUCGGCCUUCUCUCUCAUUCUCGCAUAGCAAGGUGUCAAAACUUUCUAGAAAAGGAGAAGUCAGGAUAAGCUACGAGAAGCUACGAGAGCGACAGAGAAAGAAGAAGGUAAAGGGAGGGACGAGCCGACCGAGCAGACGUGUGAAACGGAGACGGGACAAUAAAAGCCGACGAGAUGGCGUUUAUGAUGCCCGUGGUGAAAAACGAAUGGGACAUUUACAAGACUAAUCGGAAUCGGCGGUCGUCCGAGUGCUCGAAUCCGCAGGCCUGUCGCAGCCGGAAGGUGUCUGAAUGUUCCAAGUCGGAGGGUCCGUCAUUGUCGACCUCCCCCGGUUCCGAUUUUCUCACCUCGCCGGCGCAUCGGUCCACGACCUCGCGGCACUUCUCGAGAACGUCCUCGAGGGCGUCCCAGAGCUCUCUUCAGAGCCCGAGCAAGAGCACAGGCACGUCUCCGCCGAAGACCGGCAGCUCAAACUCCCUCAACAAGUUCCAUAAUCGACUGGUCGACAAGCUAAAGCGCUCGUUGAAGAAGGCGGAAGAUUGCGCGGAAGAUCAACGGAACCUAUCGUGAAACAGUCAAGGGGUUUUGGGCCGGCCGCCCGCGUCCGGCUCGAAACCGAUCGAGAUCCGACGCACUUCGGCACCCGUUAACGUAUCCGAGUCGAGCCGCAACGUGGUGGCACGCUCGUGUCCGGAUCGGCCUUCAGCUUGGUAAAGAAGAAAGAAAGGAGGAAGAGAUAAUAAUGACGGAGGAAACGGGGAAUGUGUGCGAAUACGAGGGAGAAGAAUCGAGAGAGAAGAAGAUGCACGAAUGUAUGAAAGAAGAAGGAAGAGAGAAAGUUCGCACACGUUCAGUUCGAAAGCGAGCACGCUCAAGUUUGUUAGCCCAGUACGGACAAGGAAGAGAAGAAGAUGGUUGAACGGUCCUCGAGCCGCGUUGUUCGGCUCGCUGGAUAUCGAUAGUCGAUCAUGUCAAGAAUCUUCGCGGGUCGAGAGACUCGAUCGAGCGAUCGCACGAUGGUAGCAUUCGAGAGGGCGAAGAGAGCUGCUUGGGACGUUCCUUUUGGACCGCAAUAUCUGUAAGAUGGCAUCCAGUUUCGUGACAACGUCGGCGUAUAAAGGCCAAACAAUAUCGAUGAGCCAAUAUCGAGCAAGAAUCUGAUCUUACGUUCUCUUGGAUUUUGAGAAUCUGUUUAAGAUGGCGAGAGAAAAGAGUGGAGGCAGGAGGAAAGGAGCGAGGAGGACGGAAGAGUCGCAACCGAUCGGUCGAUCGAAGUGAGAGCGAGGAUUUCGGGAAAUCAUCGAGAUUCGAGAGUCGAAGGAUAAUCGUGAAGGAGGAAGGAGUCGGCGGAAGGAAGCGAGGUACAUAAUAAUAAAACAGGAUUACGUAUCGAGAUCGCACGAAUCGCGAAUGUUUCGCACGUUGAAUGUCGCGGACUCACGGUUAGUCGCGGUUACGGAAUAGUCAUUUGAGUUGCCAGACCUAAAUGUUAAGUUCCUUAAUCGCGCGCGUGAUUUCUCGUGCGCGUCGCGCUCUAUACGUUGUUCUUUUCCUAACGUAGGACGAUCGGGAACGAAGAUCGAAGAGAGAGAAAGACAUUCAGCGGGCGCGAAGGUGUUUCCGGUUUCCGUGGGAAGGACAUCAUGAAGAUGCCCGAAAGAAAUUCAAAUCUGGUAUAAGAAUCUGACAUAAUAAUCUGGUAUAUAUAAAAUCUGACAUAAAUUAGUACAAAAAUUAUUCUAACGUUUUAAAAUGUUCCUCUAUACCCCCUAAUCUUUUCGGCAUCUUUCGAGCAUCUUUUAGGCAUCCUUUUGAUGCUGAUGCGUUUAUUAUUUCUUCACUUAAAAAUUACCUUCGCGUGGAACACGUUAACCGUGGAAACAGAACCGCAUAUCUCCAAUCGUAACAUCCAAUUAACUUUCUCGCAACCUAGACUGAAAAGCGUUCUCUAAUCAGUAUACGUCACGCAAAAAACCGUUAAAGAGGCUCGUACUUUUAGCGCGCUAAGCGCGACUCUGUUCGGUUCCGGUUGCAUUAUUUAUUUGCUUAAUUAAUACACGAAGUAUAUAUUCGGCAUGAAAUGAGGACAGAGUCGGCGCAAGAUGCGCGGUGCGAAUACGGGCCAACGUACAAAAGAGAGAGUCGUUAGCGUAAGAAGCGCCGCGAAAAUGUCGUUUUUAUCGUAGUGUCAAACAGCAGCGAGGCUCAUUCGUUGUUGUUCGAAUUAGGUUCGAGUUUGCGUGCCGGAAGCAGCAACGGCAGUUUCUCGCCUUUGCGGGAUCGGAUUCCUGUCGUGCGGAGGAAGAAUACUGCUCGUGUAAUUCAGGAGCGCGUAUGAAUGUGCGCACAUGCGCGCGCACUUCGGGUCGGAUCAUCGAGCGUGCGAAGCCUAAGAGAACCGAUAUUAUUUUCACGUGUGUCUUUCCUGUUCAACGUCGCAAAAUUAUAUUAAUUGUAUCAUACUUAACUACGAGGAGCAUCUUUCGCGUAGAACUGAUGCGUCGAGUAAUGUGCACGAACAUCUGAAAAACAGCAUCGGUUGAUGCAAGUAUCAUUGCACGGAAACAACUUUGAUCGUAUUCUGCGGAUAUAAAUAAACUCGAGAUACUUGAUUGACAUUUUUAAAUUUCUUCGGAGACAUUUCGAGCAUGAAUCUCUCGCGACUGUUUCUCUAAAGAAAAUUAGAAAGGUAUCGAACAAUUAUUGACGCAUAUCAAGUUAUCGAACGAUAUAUUGCUGUUUCUUUCACAUUACAUGGCGCAUGAUAUGAUAGCGUUAAAGUGCACGGCGCGGCCUAUGGGGAAGCAUGACAGAUGCAUCCGGUAUCAUUAACGACGCAUUCCUCGGUGCACGCGUGUCGCAUUGUAAAAGGCGCGAUUCGCGGACGCUAUCGUUCCGUAGAUUUCGGCUCUUCUCAAAUCGCGCGUGGGCCGGGUGAAGAUAUUUUUUUAAACGAAUCGUCACUCCUCGCACGUCAUCGAAGAUGUACACAACGUUUUCCCCCCGAGGAAUUCCUCGCGCGCCCGAGUUACUCGUAUCUGUUGUUUCGCGUCGUCUCCACAGACCGCUUGUUAAUUUUGUCACAUGUAAUAUAUAAAUAUAUAUAUCUAUAUAGUGUAUUGUUUCGCGUUACAAGUCGAGUCAGUCGGUGAGAAGGAGGUGCGGGAGAGGGACGUGUGCCCCUUGCAGAUCACACGUGCAACGAACUUCGAGUGUUACGAGAAAAAAGCUCUAUACUUCUGUUAUGAAAUUUCUCUUGAGAGAAAUAUAUCUUCUUCUUCGCCAAGAAUGUGUCAUUCCAAAGAUAUUUUGUUACACGACUUUAAUAAAUGAGAAAAGUUUCUUUCUUGUGGAUUAAUCAAUUAAAUGACAAAUACCGAGUAAAACAUAUCAAAAACAGAAACUAUAUAUUUUAAAAUUUGAAAAAAUUUAACAGUAAUAUAAAUUUCAAUUUAUAUAAUAAUACAAUACAACUUUUUCAAUGAUUAAAUGAUCAAAUUAAAUUCAUUUUCUUGUUAGGACAUUGGUUAACACUCGAUGUUCUUUGCACUUUACAAAAGUUCCGGUUUUUCCUCGUGAUGGGCAUAAUUUACAUGCUUUCUUUCUAUCGGUUGCGUAUCGGCGAUUACGAACUGGGAGCAAUUAAGCGAUGCCGCGUAACUCUGUGAUACCGUAAGCUAAGGUAGAAUUUACUCUGCAACGAUUAACUGGUUAGAGGAGAGAUAGAGAUUAGGACGAGAUGAACGCUUCGAUUCUUCAAAGAUCGCAGACCAGCGUUCUUUGAAAACCGAAAUGACGAGUUCUUCUAUUUGGUUGGGCUGAACAACACGAGGGUGCUCCAAUAAGGAGGAGAUAAAUUUUUUUUCUCAGGAAAGAGAAAGAGCGUUGCUUUUGAAUUUUUUCGAGAAAAAAAAACGAAAGAAUUCUGACGCACGAGCAUUUGAAGUCGUUUACGUCCGUUUUAACGUGUAUAUAAUAUUAAGAGUCUGAACUCCGAAAGCGUCUAUCGGUUAUAAUUGUCUAAAAAAAAAAAAGUAACAAGUUAUUUAUUUUCUGUCAGAAUUUCAAACAGAUUUUAAAAGUACGAUCCACACGGCAUAGAAUCCGACUUAAUUCGAUUUAAUAUAAAAAGUGAAAUAAUACAAGAAAGAACAGAUUAGCAUGAACCGAUUCGCGCUUUCGGACUCACGUCAAAUUUAAAAUAAGAGAAAGUUUAGUCGGUAGACGUCACGCGGAAAAUUUUGAAAAUUUGCGUAGCUCAACCUACAUUUCUCUCUUCGGGUACAAACAGCAGGGAGAUGAAGAUGAAGAAAAGAGGGAGAGGGAGAGAAAGAGAAAGGGAGAGGAAGAAAAAGAAAAAAAAGAGAGGAUUGCUUACGUCGGUCGAUAUGUGCUAAAGCAGAUUGAGGAUUCAUUUUGCGUAUGGAGACAUGUACCGAAUAAUUUCCAAAAGUUGCCGCUUUAUGUAAGACUGCUUUAGUGAAACAAAAAAGAACACAGAGACAAAAAAUAAUAAUAUAAAUAUCAAUAAGUAUAGGACAAUGUGCCGUGGUGCUGGGCGGAGCAUUGGGACACGCGACGUUCAACGGGAUCGUAUUUAAUCCAUUUUGCACUUCUAUAUAAAUUGCAGAUAUAUUAUAUAUAAUAGAUUUAUAUAUAAUAAUAUUAUGCCUUCUGGGAAAGCUCCCGUAACGUUACAUUAAGUUUACUUUAAUGAUUAAAUUGGAAACUACGAUUUUUAAGUUUGAAGCUUUUUGGCACUUGGCUCUACUAUGACAAACUUGUCGACAAUUGAUUAAAACUUGACACGAUAUUUCUUGCUUAUAUAUUUUUAUUUUUUAUUUGCAUUCGUUGUCUUAACAUUUAUCUCUUUCGUGACUCGGUACUGCCAUUGGUGCAAGCUGGAUAUCGCGAUCCAAUUUCGUGCGCGCGCGUUCCCAAGGUUUCGCCGAUUAAUUCGUACUGAUUAAAAAAAGGUGUUAUUAGAAUUUAGAAAUUGAUGAGAUAUAAAAUAUAUACGAUCUAUUCAUUACGGCGGCCUCGGACCGCGGAGUAAACGUGGAUUGGGACUUUUCUACGCUCCUUAUUAAUGAAAUAUGCAUUGAAUUUCCUAUUAAGCGUGUACAAUCCUCACUUUGAUUCAAGCUGUUUAAUUAUGAAAGAGAUCUCGAAAGAGAUGUAUUUUCGUUUAACGCCACGAUCUCUCGAUCCACUUUCAUUCUACGGUCGCAACGCGAUUGCAAAGCUAUACACGUGCAGAGAUAUAUGUAUACAUUAUAUAAUAUAUAGAGAAUAAAUAAUAUAUAUGCAUGCAUACGCGCGUAAUAUAUGUAUACGUAUAUAUAUUAUUUAUUACGCGAUGACUUGACUAUUUUUUGUAUUACUACUACUGUUUUAUGGUUAUUUGUUAUACUUCACACUCGGGACAUUUUGAGCGGAUUUUUAGCGCGUGUCUGAGGAGAAGACCUUUGCAAGUUUACAGAGCGAGAAACAUUUCCCCGUGUCCUUUCUUUCCUCUUUGCAGCAUCAAUCAUUUCGGCAAAGGUUAACACGAUAUUAAGCUCGCCGCAUACUACAUAUAUAUGGAAAUUAUAUAUAUUCUUGUCGAUACGCGAUGUGAAUUCGGAAGAGGAUUAUAAAUGUCCAGAGAGACGAACAGUAAUAUUUAAAUUGUAUUUGGUUUUGAGACAUUUCAUUAAACGAAAAUUAAUUUAUACACCAAAAAAAAAGAUUCGUUUCUCGCAAAAGUAAUACUUGCGAUUACUUCAACGAAGCCCAACGUCGUCGUCGAUCACUUAAGUACUUUCUCCUCAGUCAUGACGAUUGAAUAUCACUGCCAAAAGCCCACAAUUAUUAAUAAAGCAACAAAAAAGUAGCGUAGAGCGGGACCCGAUCGGGGAUCCCCCAUUCAUUUGGCGCGCUCGAAUCAAGCCGUCUCAUCUGUUCUUCCCCUUCACUCAUACACUAUCUCUCUACAGUCUACAAUGACAUAUUUAUUUUUCGACGGAUCGCAUAUGUGUUGAAGGAGCCCGUUCGCUUUUCUUUUUUCCGUUGGACUUUAGCGCUGACGACGAUACCGAUUCGUGCCAAUGAUCGAUUAUAUAUAUGAAUUCUCGAAAUCUAUCUGGUUUUCUCUGAGCUUUUCUUUGGCAGCGACAUAAUUACAAAAGCAAUAUAAAGAAGAAAACUUCGACGAACGAAUUAACGUUUAUACCAAGCCACGUUUCUGAUAUUUUUCCUCAGGCAAAUAAAAAUGUUGAAAAAAAUUCCUCUCAGUAAGUCUUGAUACAAGUUAGAACGUAGGAUUAUAAUGGUAGACGCUGCAGUGACUCUUAUGUAAGUACGUUCGUGUAUAAAUCGAAAAUUAAUAAUAACCCUGUUCUUUACUGCUUAUUGAUUCAAACCUCACUCAGUAUCGGCUUGACUAUUAACGUUGUUUCAAUAAGGUUCUUUUUUGUACAUCUCUGUUCUUUGUGCCGAUGACUGUCCACGAUUUGUUUAUCCUACGCAAAAUGUAAAUUUUUAGUUUGACAAUUCGCUAGAUUUGAAUGAGAGGAAAUGUUGACGCGAAAUCGAAAUUCAGACGAAGAAUCACUUUCACGAAGAUGGAGAUAGGUUAUCGUAUCGUCGUCGAGAUCGCUAAUUAGUCGCGAAUUUUGUAGUCGAAGAGAGAUGCGAGCGAAAGCGAGAAGAUGCGUGCACAUUCCAUGCGUAAUGAUUAUGCAUAUAGGUAUAAAGUAAUCAUCGUUAGAGUUUGAUAAGGAGUUUACACACAACACAAUACAUACACAACAUACACACACACACACACAUACCCACGCGAAAAAUGCGCGCGCGCGCCAUAUUGCACUGGAAAAUUAUAAAUAAAUAAUAUAUCUAAAGUUUUUGAAGCUUACAAUAGACCUCGGUUUAUCAUUAUUAUGUAUCGUGAUUUUUAUGUCAUGUUCAAUAAAUAAGUUUUAAACUA